AUGUCUGAAGAACCCAAGAUCACGAAAAGAAAGGCGGCACCCAAACGUAACUCUACCAGAGCGGGGCGUGUUGAGAAGACGACUGCCGUCGAAAGUUCUAAACCACUCGCGCCAAGAGAGGCCGAAGUGCUCAAGCCGGACAUCUCAGUGCGCGACAGAGGGGAAAAAGGUCCAGAAAUUGCUUACUCAUUGAGCCUCAUGUCAACAGAAGAGAGGCAGGAAAACAUAUUGCAAGGAAUCGUCAUCGCAAAUCGAACCACUGCCGCAACAAAUUUUCCCCGAGACGGGAAGGAGUCUGGAUCAGUUCCCCUUUCCAACGAUGAUAUGGAAGUGUCACUUACGACACCCUCAUCGGACUCUGCAAAAGUCUGCUAG